GGCACCGCGGGCACCAUGGACAGUAUCCUGGAGCCCUUCCCCGCCGAGCGGCUCUUCCCCGCCGCCGGCACCGGUUUCCUCGACUUCGGCGACUUCAGCGAGGCGGACUUCCUCAGCAAUGUGCAUUUCUCAGAGAACCUGGAUCACUUCUCUGACAACAUGGAGGAUUUCUCCAAUGACCUCUUCAGCAGUUUCUUCGAUGACCCAGUACUGGCUGAGAAGAACCCUCUGCUGGACAUGGACCUGGAUCCACCCACUCCAGGCAUCCAGGCAGAGCACAGCUAUUCCCUCAGUGGAGAUUCUGCUCCCCAGAGCCCCCUCGUGCCUGUCAAGACUGAAGAUAAUGCUAACGAGCUGGAGAAUGGAGUGUGGUCACUGGGACCCAAGCUCUGCUCCAUCAUGGUGAAACAGGAACAGAACCUGCCUCUAGACCUGCCUGAGUCCCAGCUACCUGCCAGCUCCAUACCAGUGCUGAACCUCAACCCUCUGCAGAGACUGCCACUCCCUGAGGAGAUUCCUGUAGAAAUUACUCCAGCACCUGUGAUCAAAGCUGAACCCAAAGAGGUGAACCAGUUUCUAAAUGUACCUACAGUAGAUGACCUGGUGCAGAUGCCUCCAACUCCACCCAGCAGCCAUGGCAGUGACAGUGACGGAUCUCAGAGUCCUCGGUCCCUGCCUCCCUCCAGUCCAGCCCGGCCUGCUGCUCGCUCUUCUACUGCCAUCUCCUCCUCACCUCUCCUCACAGCACCACAUAAGUUACAAGGAACCUCUGGCCCACUGCUCUUGACUGAAGAGGAGAAGCGCACCUUGAUUGCAGAGGGUUACCCCAUUCCUACCAAGCUGCCCCUCACCAAAGCAGAGGAGAAAGCACUGAAGAGGGUCAGGAGGAAAAUCAAGAACAAGAUCUCUGCUCAGGAGAGCCGCAGGAAGAAGAAAGAGUAUGUGGAAUGUCUAGAGAAAAAGGUAGAGACAUACACAACAGAAAAUAAUGAACUCUGGAAAAAAGUGGAGACCUUAGAAAAUGCAAACAGGACUCUGCUCCAGCAGUUACAGAAGCUUCAGGCUCUGGUAGCUGGGAAAGUCUCCAGACCUUAUAAAAUGGCUUCCACGCAGACUGGGACCUGUCUAAUGGUGCUGGCACUCUGCUUCGUUCUGAUCCUGGGAUCCCUGAUGCCCUGUCUCCCUGAAUUCUCUUCAGUAUCACAGACAGUGAAAGCAACACCAGCACCAGACAUUUACACAACUAGUAAGAUUCAGUCACGGAGUCUUCUUUUCUAUGAUGAGGGUGCUGGCUCCUUAGAAGAGAGCUAUAGCUCCUUUCUAACCAUGGACCAUCCUGAGGGGUGGGAGGCCAAAAAAAGGCAGUCUGAGGAGGGAAGACCUCAUCUGGCCAGGACACAUGAGACGGCUAAAUAUUUGAGCAAAACCCAGGGGGGUCCUGACCAGAACCAAACUGACCCAACUCUCAGCCACCUCAAAGAGCAGUUCCGUGAGAGGGAGACAAGCUCCAGUGAGACAACUGAAUUCUUGUAGCAGCUGCUGGACCUCAAGGCCUCAUCUGUCUGAUUGCGGGAUUCCCUCCUCACUAAGCAACUGAGGGGACUUGGCAGGAGAGGACACUGCAUUUAGACACUCCCAAACUGGUCUUGGGUUCAGCUUCUUCCCUUCCCCAUCGUCCCCAUUAGUGUUGAUCUCUCUGAGGGGAGUCACAGGACUGCCAGAACCAGCAAUAAGUGUAUGGAGAAUCCCUGAGACUCCCUCUUCUCUGGCCUUACCUCCUGCUUAAAUGAGCACUACCCUAUGGAUGUGGGCUCACCUUGGAGAGGAGGGAGAUCAGGGGAAGCCCACAAACUAUUCAGCUCACUCCCCAAAGCCUCCAGACCAAGGGGGCUGUCCCCACAUGUGUACCUCUUGGCUACAUCAGAUGCACCUGAAGGAGAGAGAAAGUGCUGGAUUUACUGUCCUGCCUGAGGGUUUUAGGAGUGGGUGAUGCUGGUGCUGGAGAGAUGGCUCUGGAGAGUUUGAGCUCAUUCCUUGCCCUCCUUAUGUUAGUAUAUUUCUACUUCCAUUGAGAGAAAACCUAGUUCUUCCUUGCUCUAGUUUUCUCUUGAUGGACAUGCCUACGUAACUUCAACACCAACUAUCUGCAAAGAUCUGCACACAAACGGAGUGGGGGAGAGAAAUCCCAGACAGAUAAGUCACCAUAAAAAUUAGCCAGCAGCUUCUGGGUAACUAGAACUCUAAAAGAGAACAACUUUCCCUCACAACCCACUUCUCCCCACCCUUAGCACCCCUGUUUUGGCAGGGGUGGUAUUUUUCUUUCUGUUCCCAGCUUGGGCCCUAUAGUGCAGUGCUAACCAGGUCAGUGGUCUUCUCAUUUUCCAUUCUUCAGGCUUCCCCCUUUGAGAGUGAGUGAGAAAAACACAUUCCCAUAACCCAACCCCCAUCCCAGCUCUCCAUCCCUGAUUCUGCUUAAUGCCUAAUGGGGUCUUCCUAGGAACCACCAAGGAGAGGUCUACAACCCAUUGGAGAGCUGUCAGAUUAGCCAUCAGUCCCCUCACAUCCUCUGUGUGCACAAUAGUGUUGUGAAAGCCACUGAGGACAUACUGGCAUUUCUGGAGACAGGUACAUCUGUCAGGAAAGAGGUGGUUUGUUGGAAUUGGCCAGGGCCACCAAAGACAGUUUUAGACCUCUUCUUUCUAAAUGCUGACAGCAAAGGUAGCAAACUCUUGCCAUACCACCUCUCAGGUCAGAAUUGCCAAGUUUGGUGUUGAAGUGACAUCAUCUCAAGCUUAUGCCAUCCUCUUUAGCACCCAGACACCCAUUUCUGACCCUUCUUCCUCUCCAGCAAAAGUCCUGCAAAAAGGCAGAAGUGUCUCCUCACUCCAUUCCCUCAGCUGCCAUUUGAUGGAAGGACAAUGUGGGACACGAGUGUCAGAGAUCUGGGACGUGGCAGGUUGCCCCAUGUGUAACAUGGGAAUCCCUGUGCACUCUGCCAGAUCUCACAGCAGGCCCCUCUUCUGCUUGUUUCUCAUCAAGCACUCUGGACUCACUCUGCACUGCCCCAGCCUCUCCUCUUCCCCCAGCCUGGGAGUGGAGAAGGCACCCUGUAGAGGAAGGAUGGGAUGGCUCUUGUUCAAGGACUGGGAGAGGUGAGGGAAGAGCCCCCACAUCUUUCUUUUCUCCCUAUUGAAAAUUGGUUUUGCCCCUCCAAAGAAAAUUUGGACACAGUUGGCUGCAAUCGUGCCAGUGGGGUGAUGAAGAGGAAAGCUUUCAGCAUUGCUCUGCUCUCCCCACAGCACCCACUGGUCACCAGAUACCACUGCAUUCACCAUCCUCCACCUCCACCCCAGCACAAAGAACCACUGCCGGGUCCAAGCACACCCUCCUCUACCCCAACACUUCCACUGAGCAUGUUCCCAUGCCUCCCACUCCCACCGUUGUACAGAGAUCAAGAGCAGAACUCGUUUGUACAUAAUGAAACUUAUUUUGUAUUAUUGCCGAUCCCUUAAGAUAUUGUAUUUUGGAGACUCUCAGAUCCUAUUUUCAGUAUUGUAUUUUAUUAAGAAUUAGUGCGGGCUUGGCAUCUAUGAACUUCUUUCCUGUAGCAGCUCACUUUCUACUUAUACUCCAGCAGCUGCUUCUUCCCUCUUAGUUUUCUUGUGUUUUUUGUUUUGUUUUGUUUUCAAGC